AUGGCUAUGUUACGUGGGUGGAACGAGGUCACUUUCCCACUCUCCUUAGUAGGACAGACACAACAGUGGUUCACUGAGUUACCAGUCGGACAUAUCCGAUCAUUCAAACAAUUGAAGAGAGAAUUUUUGGAGGCUUUCUUUGCCUAUGUCCCGAAGAAUAAGAGUGCCAGGUAUUUGAUGAGCUUACAGCAAAGGCCGAGUGAAUCCCUAAAGCAAUAUAUCGAGCGGUUUAAGGUCGCAACGCAAGAGGUAAAGGACCUCCCGGUCAGUUUGGCGGCAUCUGCCUUGCUUAAUGGAACCACAUACGCUACGCUCAGAAGAUCCCUAGCCUUCUCCGAGCCAAACUUAAUGGACGAAUUGUUUGCCAGAGCUGAACAAUUCAUCGUCCAAAUGGAGAUUCUAGAAGCAUGUGAAGGAAAAAGAAGAGGAAGGCUCAAUGAUGUUGGAUCGGACAGAACAACAAAGAUACAAAGAAGAGAAGAACCCCCAAAGAUGCAAUUCAUGAGCUUCACUCCCCUCACCGAGCCAAGAGCCACUAUCCUUUCCUCCAUUGCACAUACAGGGCUCAUUAACUUUCUCCCAUACUCUAACCAGCCGAUGGGCAGGAACAUGGACUCUUUCUACAAAUUUCACGAGUCCUCAGGGCACACUACAGAACAGUGUCGGGAGCUACGAAACCAGAUCGAGCAGCUAAUCUGA